AUGGACUAUACUCACCGAAAUUAUGGCAUACAAGAGCUUUACCGUCCGGCAAACGAGCCUGUUGAAAUUAAUAUCGUUGCUGUGUACGGGUUAAACGGCCAUGCAACAGAAACGUGGACAGCAAAAAGAGAGGGAACAUGCUGGCUGAACAAUCCGGCGUACCUGCCAAGAUAUAUCCCACGCGCUCGAGUCCUCGCCUGGGGCUAUAACGCUGGCAUUUGGUCCUGGAACGGAAAGACGCCGAGCUCGGACAGGAUAUUGCAACAUGCGCAAACAUUAGUUUCUCAGCUUGAGUCCGACAGAGAUCUUGAGGAUGCAGCACAAAGACCCAUUAUUUUUCUAUGCUAUUCCCUUGGGGGGAUCAUCGUCAAGAGAGCGCUGGCAUACGCUGAGAGUCGCCCCAGACUUACCUAUGUUUAUUCCAUUUACAUAUGCACUUUCGCUAUUCUUUUCUUUGGUACCCCCUACUAUGGAUCCAACAAAGCCAACCUACUAGGCAGUCUUCAAAGAAUGGCAUCGCUCACGAUUCCAAAAAACGUGAUAGAAUUUGAAACAGGGCUGGUUAAUUCGCUUGAGAAGGAAUCCGAGACUCUGCAAAAUAUCACCGACCAAUUUGCGCCUCUGAUGCCCUGUUUCCGUAUCUUUUUCUUUUGGGAACAGGAGAAAACCGAUUUGAAAUACAAAAGGGAUUAUAUUGUGGAUGAAACAAGCGCAGCGCCGAUCCUUGACAACACCGAGAGAUGCGGUAUAGCGGCCGAUCACCAAGGAAUGUGCAAAUUCCAAAGCCCUGGAGACCAAGGGUUCAGAACCACAGUGGCAGCUUUACGUCGUUUUGCUCGAGAGGCACCAAACGUGAUCCAGAGAAGGUAUCAAAGGGCUAUAAACUUGCAGCAGGAUGAUAGGAUGUAUGAAGCCUCGGAACUAUUAGGGGCGACUCACAGAGCACAGGUCGUGGGUUACUGUCAACCUGUUUUGCUUCCAUCUCAAACCGCGAACGGUGUCUUCCAGGGAAAAAUCGACGAUUCAAAGAAGUAUACUCCAUUCGAAACAAAUAACUAG